GAAGCGAGCAUUGAGUUAUUUAACAAAAAGUAUUUAUCAAAAUAAUAUUGUAGAAUCUAUUGUGUUCAGAGCAUAUUAAAAGCCUAGAGCAUAAAGUUAAAUUUGAAAAAGGUUGUUGCGAACGCGAGACAAUUGAAACGAGUUGGCAGCAUUGUCGAAUGCUGAGCUGCGAAGCAGAGGGCAUAAGCAAAGCGAAGAGAACGCAGCGCAGCCGAAAAAAUUUUUUGGAAGCAGUAAAGCAGCGCACUGCACGCGAUAUAUUUUUUAUUUUCAAAGGGUUCAAGCUCGUAUUAAUCAAUUCAACGGAUCAACGUGCCGGGCAGCCGAACUGUGAGAGUGGAACGUACGCUUGUGUGUGUGUGGGUGUAAAUAUAACCACCACCAACACCACAGCAACAACAGCAACUGGAACAGCAACAACAACAAAUACAUCCACAACAGUAACAAAGCAAAAAGACUGAUAACGAAGAAACCACUGGGAAUAACGGAGAAUAAUAAGUUUUAUCUUUGUAGGCUAAAACCCAAACAGCAUCUAACGAAGAGAACAACAACAAAAACAACAUCAAGCAAAUAAACAAAAACAAAGGAGUUUCAGCGUGAACACAGCUAAACACAAGGCAUAACAAAAUGGGCGAUCUUAUGGUCGAAGUGCGACUCGAUAAUGGUGCCUACUACAAGGGCCAGGUGACAGCUGUCGGCGAUGAUGGCAUCUUUGUGGAUGUGGACGGCGUGCCCGAGGUGCUGAAAUAUGCGUUCGUCAAUGUUCGCCUGCCUCCCGAUGGGCGAGAUGUUGUUGCCGUGCCCAACUUUGAGGAGGGCAUGGAGGUGGAGGUGUUGACGCGCACAAAUGAGCGGGAGACUUGUGGGUGGUGGGUGGCUGUUAUCAAAAUGCUUAAAGCUGAAAUCUGUGCAGUGGCAUAUAUUGGCUUUGAGACGCCCUAUACUGAAAUCUGUGAACUGGGCAGACUGCGCGCCAAAAAUCCAAAUCCGCCAAUUACGUCCAAAUCGUUCUUUCAGUUCACGCUGCCCGUGCCCGAGGAGUUGCGCGAAGAAGCUCAAAAGGAUGGCAUACACAAGGAGUUUCAGCGCACCAUCGAUGCGGGAGUCUGCAACUACAAUAGCGAGUUGGACGCUCUAAUUGUUAUCUCCAAAUGGGAACACACUCAGAAGCGAGCCAGCAUGCUCAAGGAUAUGCAUUUUCGUAAUCUCUCACAAAAGGUUAUGCUCUUGAAAAGGACUGAAGAAGCUGCUCGUCAGCUGGAGACAACUAAGCUGAUGAGUCGUGGCAACUUUAUUGAGGAAUUUCGUGUGCGCGAAGAUCUCAUGGGCCUGGCAAUUGGCUCCCACGGCUCCAAUAUACAAGCGGCACGCACGCUGGUCGGCGUUACGAAUAUUGAGCUGGAGGAGAAAUCGUGCACAUUCAAAAUAAGCGGCGAGACGGAGGAGUCUGUACAGCGAGCACGGGCAAUGCUUGAAUAUGCCGAAGAAUUCUUUCAGGUUCCUAGGGAGCUGGUGGGCAAAGUGAUUGGCAAGAAUGGUCGCAUCAUACAGGAGAUUGUUGAUAAAAGCGGCGUGUUUCGAAUCAAGGUGAGUGCUAUCGCUGGCGAUGACGAACAGGAUCAGAAUAUACCACGUGAAUUGUUGCAUGUACCCUUUGUGUUCAUUGGCACGACAGAGAGCAUUGCGAAUGCUAAAGUGCUACUGGAAUAUCAUCUGUCACAUCUGAAGGAAGUGGAGCAGUUGCGUCAGGAGAAGCUGGAAAUCGAUCAACAGUUGCGCGCCAUACAAGAAUCCUCGAUGGGUUCCACACAAAGCUUUGCCGUUUCACGGCGCUCCGAACGUGGCUACAGCAGCGACAUUGAAUCCGUGCGCUCAAUACGUGGCGGAAGCGGAGGUCAACGUGGUCGCGGACGUGGGCGUGGCGCCGGCGGCGGCGGUGGCAACAAUAUGAACCAGCGUUAUCACAACAACCGACGCGAGGAUGAUGACUACAAUUCCCGAGGCGAUCAUCAGCGCGAGCAGCGUUAUAAUAAUGAUCGCGGCAAUGUUGGCCCUUCAAAUACUGGCAACAAUGGUGGUGGGGGUGGUGGUGGUGGCAACUAUCGCGGUGGCAACGAUCGACGUGGCAUUAAUCGCCGGCCGCCACGCAAUGAGCAGAAUGGCCGAGACUAUCAGUACCACAAUCACACCGAAGAGAUGCGAGAGACGCGCGAAGUGAGCAGCGUGGAGCGUGCGGACAGCAACUCGUCGUACGAGGGCAGCUCCAGAAGACGCAGAAGGCAAAAGAACAACAAUGGGCCAAGCAACAGUGAGUAUGCUAAUGGUGCGGUGGGCAAUAACAACAACAACAACAAAACACAACAGCAGCAGCAGCAACAACAACAGCCGCCGCCGCCAUCUUCGUCGUCAUCAUCGUCGGCACAGCAACAACAACAGGCGCCAGCGCAAUCGAAUAAAGCGCCACUGAAUGCACAAGAGAACAACAAACAGAGCAGCAGCAAUGCGAACUCUGCUGGCGGUGCAAACAAGUCGAAGGAUGCGCCGAGGAACAGCGACAAGCAACAGGCUGCCACACAACAGCAGCAGCUGCCACAACAGCAGCAACCACCGCAACAACAACAGCAGCAGCAGCAGCAACAACAACAACCACAGGCGGUACAGCAGUCAAAGCCACGUCGCAACAACAAGAAUCGCAACAACCAUACGGAACAGGCGCCUACAACGGAUAAUACCAUUAAGAAGGAGGGUCUGGUCAAUGGUACGUCCUAAGUAGCAACAACAGCGGCAGCAGCAACAACAAACAAACAAAUACAGAAGCAUCAGCAACAACAACAACACAACAUUGCACAUUGUUCGUUUAAACAAAUUUGUUGCAAGUAAAAACGUAAAUAAUGCAGGCAGAUAAAUAAAUUAUAAUGUUAAUGUCGUUAACAAUCGCCACCACAUAACAAAAACAUAAACAUAACGAAACCACACAACAUGCAACAGUACAGAAAUAACAACAACAACAAGAUGAACAACGUGUAGAGUAGGCAUAAAUAAUAAAUGAAAUGUUUGAGAAACUAUUUGAGUAACUAAAACAAAGCAUGAUAUACAUAAAAAAAAAUGUAAUAACUAAUACAAUCAUACACAUACUAACACACAUACAACACACACACACACAGACAGCUCGAAUUAUACACAAAAAGCAGGAAAAGUAAAAAACACAUGCCUAGGCUUAUAAUUUAAUUGAAAUUAAAUAAAACUUAAACAACAAUCAAAUUGAAUUAUAUGUGUAUAAACGAAAUCCUAAAAUGCAAUUAACAACAAAUUGGCAUAUGUUAACUUAAACUUAACCAAGCUGGCAAUUAGCAUAGUUUCUCUCAAAUCGAAAUUGCGAUUAUAAACUUGGCGAAAAUGUUCUUUAAAAGCGCAUUUUUCGACAACUUGCAAAGUUUCUUGUUACAUACAAGUAUGCAUCAAAUUAUAGUUGAAAAAAAUUUAUCAAUGUAAUUGCUACGAUUUUUUUCUGUUGUUUCUUUUUUUUUAUUAUAAAUUAGCAUUAAUUUAGUUUGUCAAGUUUUGUGUAUAAUUCGUGCGUGAAACAAACUAAAAUGCAACAGUUAACUAUUAUUAUCUUUAUUAGUUUUUUUUCUUCAUUCUUUAAAGAUUAUUUUGUAUUAUUAUUGUUUAGUUAUGUACAAGCUUGAAUGUUGCUAACAAUUUGGCGUUGUAAAAUUAAACGGUCAACAAAUCUCGGAAGACAAAAUUAAUGAAUUUCAACUUUUGCUUUUGUUGCAUUAUUUAUUGUCACGCUAAAUGUUAACAACAUGGAAACCCUCUCUUAUUUGUAUAACGUUGUAUUUAUUACUAUAAUUUAACAAACACACUCUCACACAAACAUAUAUACACACGUAACAUACACACGCUCGCUCACACACACAUCAACGCAAUGAAAUGGGGUAAACAAUUAUAUAAUUCAUUACAUUUUGUUGAUAAAAUCAUAAUAAUUAUAUUAAACUUUGCCAAUACCUACCAUGCGUAUAACUAA